AUGCAAGUAGCUGCUAACUAUGCUAAAAAACGAUUCUUGGGUCCAGUCACUGACAAGAUCCAUAAAAAUCAAGUGUCUUUUGAAACAGACCCUCAGGUCCUAGCUGUCUCUCAACAAAUUGCUGACCAACAACAACGCCACUGGUAUAAUAAAAAAGUAAAAGCUACACCUGAUCUCAUCUUGAGCAAAGAAGAACGUAAAAUAUUGAAUAAAGUUAAGAAACGAGCUUGGUACCUUGAUAAAGGCUUUCAUUGUUGUUGUUUUAAUAUCGGAUUGGAUGGUAUUGUAGGUCUAAUACCAGGUAUUGGUGACGCCUUGACAGCCGCUAUAGCAAUGCAACUGAUAAAGACAGCUUCUAAUGCUAAUUUACCAAAAUGGCUUAUUGCCAAGAUGAUGGGGAAUGUGAUGCUUGAUUUUCUUGUUGGAUUAACACCAGUAGCUGGUGACUUGCUAGACAUUCUCUUUAAAUGUAAUUGGCGUAAUGCUUUACUUUUAGAAGAAUAUUUAAUACAGCGAAGAAUGGAAGAAAUUAGAAGCGAAAAGGGGAAUAAUGAUGUUGUACUUAAUGAUGAUCAUACUGUGACAAUAACAACGACUGAACCGUCAUCUUCAGCACAGCAACAACAACAAUCUAUUACAUCACCAAAACCAGCUGCAAUUGUUAGUCAUCACCACUCUAAUAAUGGGAAUAAGCCUCCUACUCUUGAUGAUGAAACAACAACAAAGGACAAGCAUAAAUAUGGUACUUUCUUUUGA